GGGUAGGUUUAAAACAACAAUCAACAAAAAUAAAAACAAGAGCCUUUAUUUGAUAAGUGAUGGUGCAAAAGACAUAAAGAUGUAGCCGAGCAGACGCACCGAUGCAGUUUAGCGUUCCGUCAACUGCGUAGCUAGUUGUGACAGUUGUGACGCCGUGCCUUUCAACAACUUUUAAAGAUUGUUAUUGCGCCUAAUUACCGUACGUAUAGUUCUAUAGAAGCUUCCCGCGUUGCGUAUUACAGCGCUUCUAGUGCAUAAGCCUGCGUAAUCGACGGUUCACGACUACUUCAUGAGCUCUAUGGCUAAGGAAAGCUUCUGUUCGGACAAUGAUGACGACGUUUACUCCUCAAGGCAGCUGCCCGUAAUGGAUCCAGAUAUGCUCCAAGAUGUGCUCUGUAUCCUGGCCAAGCAAAACGACGAAGCCGUUCGUGAACCGGAAGAGUAUUUGGACCACCUGUCUCCGAGCAGCACCGUAGAGCUGUUGUUCCAGACUUGCACCAAACUCGAGCUGCCCAUCUGCGUCCAGAUCUCGGCUGUAGAGUACCUGGACAGGUUCCUCGUGCAGCACGUGCGCGACCUGCGCAAGCAGCUGGGCCUUCCGUCCUCCUCCGCCGCCGUGUCGUGGGACAGCGUGGUGGGCAGGAUGCGGGAUCAGGUGAUGCUGCGCAUGCUCUCCUGCAUACAGCUCGCCAGCAAGAUGUUCUCCAGCGUCAGAGUCAACGCGGAGAAAACGUCCAAACCAGGAGCGAAGUUUGACCGCUACUUACGCAGGAAGAGCUACAUAGCGACGGACAUACCUUCUCUUUCGCGAGUCUACGAGGAAGUCGAACUGGCGACCGAAGGCGAAGGUUCGGCAUCAGGGUCGUCGCAGCGGCUCGUGACCUUUCCCAAGCCGGCCAGGUACGACGGUGGACCUCGCCAGACACCAACCCAGCCCCAGAAUGACUACGUGUGCAUCUGCACCCAGGACGCGCAAGGCCUGCCUUCGUCGAACACGUCCGACCACUCCCUGGUAUUCAUCGUCAUGACAUUGCUCGCCGUCGUCGGCUUCGUCGUGAUAUACCUGGGCAUUAUGACAGCUCUCGGAUCUCGCAACACCCCGGCCAACCUUGGGGGACUGUCGAUGUUCGUGGGCGUAGUUAUCACGAUGUACAUUGUGACGUGCAGUGUGUUCUGCGAUUCCCCCGGAUGCGCUACCGCCAUGCCCGUGCGCGAAAUCCAAUCCGUUUGAAAGCCGUGUGGUUGCGGGCGAUGGUGAAAUGGCCUGCCCCAUACUCCGCCCUACGCACUCCCACUCCGACACCACUUGUCAUCAUCGUAGGCAUUUCUUCUUGUGAUCUUCGUCAAACACCUGUAAAUGUAUCCAUCAAUAAAC